AUGGAUUACAUCAAGACUCUCCCUGCUGAGAUUACAGUAAACAUUUUAAGUAGGUUACCAGCUGAAUUGAUUUUAGAGUGCAAAUCAGUAUCAAAAUCAUGGAAUCGUCUUAUUUCUCAUCAUCGAUCGUUCAAUCAGGUGUACUUGCACCAUCUUUUUCAUCCUUGUGCUGAUUCUGGUAAGUUGAGUUUUCUUUCUUUGAAUGAGAUUGGAAGAUUUCAUUAUUUUGAGUAUAACGAAUCAACAAAGUUUCAGAAAACUAGAAGGGUUAAUAUGAAUUGUCCGUUUAGAUUUGCUGGUUCUUGUAACGGGUUGAUCUGUGUUGCUCAAGAAUCAUUUGUUUGUAUCUGUAACCCUAUCACAAGAGAAUAUGUUGUGCUUCCAGAAUUCAAUACAGGGUCUGAUAUCAAUUUUGGAUAUGUUUCUUCAACCAAUGAGUACAAAGUUGUAGGAGUAGGCAGUGGGAAAGGAUGGAGAAACCUUGGAGAUUUGAAGUCUCAUGGCUUAUUACUUUCUUAUCGAGGGGUCUUUACCAAUGGAGCUCUUUAUUGGAUUGACAGAGGAUCAAAAGUUUUCAUCAUCUUCGAAUUGGCUGAGGAGAAGUUUUGUGAAAAUCUUAAGCUACCUCCUUCUGCCGCGAAUGGUGGAAUUGGGGUUUUGGAUGGGAUUUUGUAUGUUGCUGUUGGUGUAGUUGUUGAUGGAGUCGAGCGUUGUUUUGAUAUAUGGGUAUUGAAACAGAAGAGUGUCAAUCACGAGGCUAGUGAGCAGCAAGGACUUCAGUCGUGGAGUAAAGAGUUUAGGAUUGGGGAUAAGGAAUUAUUAGCCGUUACGAAGAGUGGUGCUGUUUUAACUUGGCCUGAUAAAUAUAUCAACAUCUAUGACGCAAAAACUUCAACCCCGAGAAGGCUUGUUAAGUCUAAAAAUCAUCUUGAUGGAGUAUACCCUCACAGGAACACCUUAGUGUCGUUGAAGGAACUAGGAGAAGAAGAUAUAAAAGUAAUGAAGUCAAUUGAAAUUGAGGAGACAAAAAGCAGUGAGCAGCCUUCCAAGCAACUACCUCAACAUUUCCAACACAAAAAGUUCAACUUCAAAAAGGCUUGUGGAAUUUAA